UGUUAGCCACAGCGAAGUUUGCUUUAAUUACCUUUAUUUCACUGAAGAAUUAAAGAGUAAUUUCCAUAUUACGUAUAGAUAUGCUGUCGGAGGACACACUGGAGGAGUUUUUGGAAGCGGAGGGAGUAAUGUCACGAAAUGGCUUUUGCUGCCUUUGGCGUUUUGUUAGCUUGCAAGCUAACUAUAGUUUGGUUAACGUUAGCCACAGAACCCACUGACAGACAGCGCCUGUUUUAUGCUAGCAUUAACAGCAGUUCUGUUAAGCCUACAGGUGUCAGUUCUGACUACGUAAAGUCGGCGGUGGGCCAAAUAAUGCGGGGCAUCGGCGUCAGAGCGGUGUUGUCUGUGUAGUAUUGAUGCUAAAUGUCAGCGGUUGGCUAACGUUAGCGGUAGCUGACGUCGUUGGCGUUAAGACAGCCCGUCUGAUGUUACAUAACGACAGACAGCGGUGCUGUUUGCUGUCAGAUCUCAUUCAGCAACAACUGAGCAAACAUAUAUAAACACAAAGCCUAUCCUCUAAGCAGCAGCUGACCUCGGAUAACCCGAAAGCUUCAUAUUUUUGCUAACUUCUGGUGUUUACCACCCACACCGCUGACCGGUCCGGCUUACACGAAUUUUUGCUUUCAUAACUUUUCUUUCAUUUAUACCGGAGUCGAGUGGCCGUGACAGCUUAAAAAAAAGGGCAAAGAUUUUUCUAUGUGACGUUGGUACAUGAUGAAGCUGAGAGUGCGUAAAGCUCCUCAGCAGCCGAGCGUAGGCCAUCAAACCCACCCGUCCCAGGCCAAAAGGAAACACUGUGAAGUGGAGCCAUCGCCGGUGAGAGGUCGAGGCAAAAUGCAGAAGAAUGAGACAGGCCUGUUCUCCACUAUCAAGAAAUUCAUUCGCGGAAAUGCAGUCAAGGUGGAUCAGGAUAUUCCUGCCAAGCGAAGUCGUAUUGAUUGUAAUCCCGACGGUGAUCUCAUUACUUCAACACCACAGACUAGAGGUCUCUCUAACAAAUCCGUAUCCAGAGUUUGCCGGAAAAGUCCAAAUAAAGACAACAUGACCUGCCAUAGUAAACCAAUUAAACCAAACGGUAAACUGGAGGCCCCCGUCGACUCAACGAGCAGCCCACCACGCACCACCCUCCUUGGAACCAUCUUCUCCCCAGUCUUCAACUUUUUCUCACCAGCAACUAAAACUGCCACUCCUGGCUCUGAUUCUCCCGGCCAAGCCAUGGAGGCAGAGGAAAUCAUGAAACAGCUGGACAUCGAGCAGGCUGAAGAGAUGCCGAGCAGCACUCUCACAUCCACCGAGGGCAUCACUCCGUGUCACACUGCUCCGAUUUUACCACAGAGGCUCCACAUUACCUCCGAUACAACCAUAGAAGAAGGAGAGAUCGUCACUGAAACUGACAUGCCCCCGUUAACAGCUCCUGGGUGUAUGCCAGAUGGCAGCUACCCACACUCAUUACCUGCAGUUCCAGCAGAACCCUCAUAUGAUGAGGACUGGGAAGUUUUCGACCCGUACUUCUUCAUCAAGCACGUGCCUCCGCUGACAGAAGAGCAGUUAACACGCAAACCGGCGCUGCCUUUAAAAACACGCAGCACACCAGAGUUUUCUCUUGUCCUUGAUCUGGAUGAAACUCUGGUUCAUUGUAGUUUGAAUGAGCUCGAAGAUGCAGCUCUGACAUUCCCCGUGCUUUUUCAAGAUGUAAUAUACCAGGUGUAUGUUCGGUUGAGGCCCUUUUUCAGAGAGUUUCUCGAGCGCAUGUCUCAGUUGUACGAGAUUAUUCUCUUCACUGCUUCAAAGAAGGUCUAUGCUGACAAGUUGCUCAACAUCCUGGAUCCGAAAAAACAGUUAGUAAGACAUAGACUAUUUCGUGAGCACUGUGUGUGCGUUCAAGGAAAUUACAUUAAAGACCUAAACAUUCUCGGGCGGGAUCUUUCCAAAACUGUAAUAAUCGACAACUCACCCCAAGCCUUUGCUUAUCAGCUUUCCAAUGGAAUCCCCAUUGAGAGCUGGUUUGUGGAUAGAAAUGACAACGAGCUUCUAAAGCUUAUUCCUUUCCUCGAGAAACUUGUGGAGCUGAAUGAAGACGUCAGACCGCACAUCCGAGAGCGGUUUCGUUUGCACGACCUCCUCCCUCCAGACUGAGGUGCUAAUGUUCAUUUACAAGAUCGCAGUGGAAGAAGGAAAAAAAACAAACGGACUCAUAGAAGGAUGUAUUCAGUGGAGUUAUCUUUGCAUACACAACAUUGCCAUUAUUAUAAUUUUUUUAAGUCAUGCAAAAAAAAAAAGAAAAAAGAAAAAAAAUGAAAAUUAUGUUCGAGUCCACAAAAAAAAGUCCUGGAUGUUUUUACACACACACACACACACACACACACACACACACACACACACACACACACACACACACACACACACACACACACAGUGUGAAGGCAGACUCAGAGCAGACUCACUUGUUUUCAGUGCGACCUCGCAGACGGCCUCCUGGAAGGUAUUUUGUCAUUUGACAAAACUGAAUGUCACACAGUGUUGGAUUAUAAGGACCUUGUUGGUUUCCUCCUGACCUCCAGUGGCCAGUCAAACCUGUAAAAUAUUCACUCUAUUUGCCUGUAAAUAUAUGUACAUAAUUGUUUUGUUUGUUUGUUUUUCUCUGAGGUUUUUAAGUCAUUUUAGUUUCACUUCAGAUUUUAGUAUGUACUCUGACUCGGUUGCUUUUUUUCUUUUUUUAACUGAUAAAAUGUUGUUUUGUUUGAACUUGUUGAUAAGCAGCUGCUUUUCUGUUGUAUGCCUGCAUAAUUCCUGUGAUGCUUUACUCCAUUACAUGCAGUCGUCUCUUAUAAGGUGCAGUUUAAAAAAAGAAGAAAAGAAAUGAGUAUCUUUGGGAGGAAAAUGUUUCUGAAAUAAUAUUUUAAAGCUAUGAAAUGUAAGAUAGACUAGGGUCUCAAAUGAAUACAAACCCAUAAUGGCAGAAUCUCAAUUUUGGAGAUUCUUAUUUUAAGAGUCCGCUUCUGGUUGCGACAUUUUGAUCGUCCUCUUUGACAGGAGG